UCCCACAAGCUCUUCCCUGACAACCACAACAUUGUCGAGUGAUCUUGAAACCAUAAGCUCUCUCUCUCUCUCUCUCUCUCUCUCUCCAUGUGCUCCUUGUCAUGUUAUCUCUGAACCGAGGAGAGGAAAGCAGGUGGUAACCAGAAAAACGAGGGACGUAAAGGGGCAGCUUGUUCAGGUCCGAUGGCCAAAGACAAUUCUGGAUCUCUAAAGAUCCACCCGUCGGAAUCGAAGAGGCGUCGUGUAACCUAUAUCUUCUCUGUGAGUGGCCUCUGUGUUCUGUUCUACAUUCUUGGGGCUUGGCAGAACAGCACUACCCCCACCUUGAAUCAGAGAUCCGAUUUGGCGUCGAAAGUUGAAUGCGACAAUGACUUCCCUCGAUCCACCGAGUCAUUAUCCACCUCCUCGUCAUCAGAGGGUGAAACCCUCGAUUUCCAAGCUCACCAUCAGCUAAGCUUCAAUGAUACGUUCAUGGUGACGGAGAAAUUCCCACCUUGUGCUCUCAACUUCAGCGAGUACACACCCUGCCAAGACCUAACCAGGUGUAAGAAGUUCGCGAGGGCGAUGCUAGCGUACCGAGAGCGACACUGUCCUGCACAACAUGAGCUCAUCCGGUGCCUGAUUCCUGCUCCACCAAAGUACAAAACACCCUUCAAAUGGCCUCGGAGCAGAGACUACGCUUGGUAUGACAACAUUCCUCACAGGGAGCUGAGCAUCGAGAAGGCUGUUCAGAACUGGAUCCAGGUCGAAGGCGACCGGUUCAGAUUCCCCGGAGGUGGCACCAUGUUCCCGCGUGGUGCCGACGUUUAUAUCGAUGACAUAAAUGCUCUCGUCUCACUGACUGAUGGCGAUAUCAGGACUGCCAUCGACACAGGCUGCGGAGUUGCCAGUUGGGGAGCUUAUCUUCUGAAGAGGGACAUCCUAACAAUGUCAUUUGCACCAAGAGACACACAUGAGGCGCAGGUGCAGUUCGCUCUGGAGCGGGGAGUUCCGGCCAUGAUUGGAGUGAUGGCCACACAGAGGUUGCCGUACCCUGCGAGAGCAUUUGAUAUGGCUCAUUGUUCCCGGUGUUUGAUUCCUUGGCAAGAUUUUGAUGGCCUGUAUCUGAUUGAAGUUGACCGAGUUCUCAGACCUGGAGGUUACUGGAUUCUCUCUGGUCCUCCAAUUCGUUGGAAGAAGUACUAUGUAGGCUGGGAGAGGACUCAAGAAGAUCUAAAGCAAGAGCAAGAUUCAAUAGAGGACGUCGCCAAACGCCUUUGCUGGAAGAAAGUAAUCGAGAAGGGCGAUCUUGCGAUUUGGCAGAAGCCCAUCAACCAUGCCGAUUGCAUCCAGAGCAGAAGGAUCUACAAAACACCUCACAUUUGCAAGAAUGACAAUGCUGAUGCUGCCUGGUACUGGAAAAUGGAGGCCUGCAUCACCCCGUUACCAGAAGUAAGCAGUAGCAGCGAAGUAGCAGGUGGUGAACUCCAGAAAUGGCCCCAGAGGGCAUUUGCUGUGCCCCCAAGAAUAAGCAAAGGUACAAUCCCUGGCUUGACCGUGAAGAAAUUUGAAGACGACAACACGGUGUGGAAAGAGCGGAUAGAGUAUUACAAGCGAAUCAUUCCGCCGUUGUCUCAAGGGCGAUACCGAAAUGCGAUGGACAUGAAUGCCUACUUGGGUGGAUUUGCAGCAGCUCUGAUGGAUUAUCCCAUCUGGGUGAUGAAUGUAGUCCCUGCAAAUUCAGAUUAUGACACCCUUGGUGUGAUCUAUGAGAGGGGAUUCAUCGGUACAUAUCAGGACUGGUGUGAAGCCUUCUCAACUUAUCCCAGAACUUAUGAUCUCAUUCAUGCUAGUGCCAUUUUCAGCAUUUAUCAGGACAGGUGUGGUGACAUUACAUACAUACUCUUGGAGAUGGAUAGGAUACUGAGGCCGGAGGGAACAGUGAUAGUCCGCGACACCGUGGACGUCCUCACGAAAGUUCAGGGGAUCGCAGAGAGGAUGAGAUGGAAGUGUAAGAUCGUGGAUCAUGAAAGUGGACCUUUCAACCCUGAGAAGAUCCUUUUUGCUGUCAAGACUUACUGGACAGCUGCUCCUUCUACACAGCAGUAACUGAUCCAACUUCGCCAUCCUUUACGUUCAAGUUUGCCUUCUUCAGAUAAAGGUCUCAUGCAGGUCGUCCUUUGCUCAUCCAAAGAGUCUGCUCUUUCCUGUGGUACUCAGAGAUGUUUGCUAAGAUGCAGAAAGGAGCGCAGAGUUGUUGCGUUGUUUUUGAUCCACAUUAAGAUCGAGGUCUGAUGUUGUGAGAAUCAAAUUAGUUGUGUAAUUGUACUCACACCGAAAUAAAUGGCAUCUUCAUCAUUGAAUUGAUACUCA